AUGGAUAAGGAAGACAAGUUUCCACACACCAUGAUAGGCUUCCGCCCACGGCUGUCCACGCAGGAUGUCAUGCUUCAACUUCAGCAUCAAGUACUCGACACCCGACAGGGACCUAAACUGGACACAAGGGCUGUACUUGGCCUAGACCUUACUAAAGCAUUUGAUAACGUCACACACCGUGCAAUUCUCGAGGCACUCUCAGAACUAAACGUUGGUGCAAAGACCUAUAGCUACAUUAAAGAUUUCCUCUCCAACCGCACUGCCACAUUAACAAUAGGGGGACUCCAGUCGGAGGUUAUCAAGCUGGGAAGCAAGGGCACACCACAAGGGUCCGUGCUCUCUCCCAUGCUUUUCAACAUCGCCCUCAUGGGGCUUCCAACACAGCUGUCUGCUAUCCCACGCCUAAAUCACUGCCUAUACGCGGACGAUAUUACCCUCUGGACUGCUGGAGGCAGUGAUGGCGAAAUUGAAGAGACCCUGCAAGAAGCAAUCAACGCGGUGGUCGAGUAUGUCGAGCCACGAGGACUUUCAUGUUCGUCGAGCAAGUCCGAAUUACUAAUCAUACGCCCCGCAACGCAUCGUCGAACGAGUCAGGAGAGCACGCAUCCCAUCAUGCUCGAAGUCAAAGGACAUCCCAUACCGUGCGUGCCUAGCCUGCGAGUCUUGGGGCUCCGCAUACAACAGAACCGUAAGAACACAGAGACUAUCGAAUGCCUCAAGACCCACGCUACUCAAAUAGGAAGGCUCAUCGCCCGCAUCGCCAACAAGCACAUGGGAAUGAAAGAGGACAACCUUUUACGGUUGGUGCAAGCCUUUAUUAUCAGCCGCAUCGUGUACGUCGCGCCCUUCCUAUGCCUCUCCAACGCCGAGAAACACAAGAUUAACAUAAUUAUCAAGAAAGCAUACAAGCAAGCCCUGCACGUCCCUCAAUCUACGGAGAAUCAAAAGCUCAUGGAAUUAGGCCUACAUAACACAAUUGAGGAGUUAAUUGAGGCUCAGCGCAUUUCACACUACGAGCGGCUCUCGCAAACACAGACCGGGCGGCACAUCCUCCGUACCCUUGACAUUGAAUACGUUACGCAGACCGGACCCAAGGUCCCAUUGUCCAAGGACAUCCGAGAAACGUUCCUGAUUCCCCCCAUCCCUCGCAAUAUGCACCCCGUCUACAACGCAGAACGGCGCGCCGACCGUGCUAAACAUCUCAGCAAGAGUUACAAGGGGGCCGCGCAUGUAGCUUACGUCGACGCAGCAGAGUACCCGCAACAACUGGCCAUGGCGCUCGCUGUCGUCACGGGACAGAAUCAUGUAACUACUACCACCAGCUCCCUACUCACCACACAACCCGAAGAGGGCGAAGAAGCUGCCAUCGCUUUAGCCUACGCGACGACUACCGCCUCUUGCAUUGUUAGUGACAGCAAGACAGCUAUCCGCAACUUCACCAAGGGCCUCAUUUCACCGCAAGCGAACCGCAUACUUAAUGUGCGUUAA